UUGUACCUUUUCUCUGCUUCUGUCGAUUUCUAGAUCUUUCUUCAAUGGCGAUUUCUAGGGUUUCUGCAAUGUUCAUGGUUGUGCUGCUCGUCGGAUCUGCUAUCGCUCAAUCGCCGUCCUCCGCACCAUCUCCGUCGCCGUCGCAGUCGCCGUUUCUGCCUCCGCGGAUGAAGUCUCCGACUCCGUCUCCAUCAGUAACGCCCGCACCUGCACCGAAGGAAUCUGCACCGUCGUCGCCUCGUUCUCCUCCAUCUACACCGCCUUCUGUCCUUCCUCCGUCUCCAUCGGUGGCUUCUCCGCCGUCUGAUGGCGUUCCUGCGCCCGCUCCGAGCGGCGCCGUCGUUAACAGAUUUGGUAUGGCAGUCGCCGCAGCGGGGAUCCUGGCCGUCGCUUUGAUCGCGUGAUCAACGGUCGAGAUGUUUGUUUAUGAUUUCCUGAUUUGAUGAGGCUUUACUAUCCUAGAUGAUUUUUUUAUUGUUCGCGGAUAGGCAGGGUUGAUUAGUAUAUGGAUUAUUCUCAUUACUGUAUCCAUACUUAUUUUAUUUUAUUAUUAUAUCGGCGAUUAUUCUUAUUUUA